AUGUCUAUCAAUACGAAGAAGACCGUAAUUUUAGCGCAAGGGUACACUUUCCAACCAUCCAUCCUCCUGGAGACUGUACCCUUAGAGGUGGUCGACAAGUUCUGUUACUUAGGGUCCACCGUGUCGAGCAACCUCUCUAUCGACAGUGAGGUCGACCUUCGCAUCGGCAGGGCGGCCACGACGUUCGGCAGGCUGCGUACAAGAGUGUGGAAUAACAAACAUCUUACUAUCAGGACCAAGAUGAUUGUUUAUGAAACUUGCGUCCUGAGCACGCUCUUGUACGGAGCCGAAACCUGGACGUCGUACGCUAAUCAGGAACGUCGACUAAACACCUUUCACAUGCGCUGUCUUCGGAGUAUCCUCAACAUCACUUGGAAGGACAGGGUCACUAACGAGAGAGUCCUGGAAAUUGCACAGCUUCCUAGCAUCACCGCCCUGCUGAAACAGAGGCGCUUGCGGUGGCUUGGGCAUGUGCAGCGUAUGGAUAGCACUCGUUUGCCUAGCCAGAUUAUGUUGAGCCAGAUAGCAUUUAAAAAGCGCCGCAUUGGACGUCCCUUGCUGCGUUUUAAGGACUGCGCGAAACGCGACAUGGUCGCUUUUGAUAUCGAUAGGGACACUUGGGAGGAGCUCGCGUCAGAUCGCGAUGGAUGGAGGGGUACCAUCGCGAAAGGUCGCGAAAUUCACGACAACGCAUGGUUCCAAGACCUUGCCCGAAAACGCGCAAAGAGGCACAAUCCACCUGAUGGUGCCGACAUGGCUCCCUGCUUCAGCUGCCAUAAAUGCGGUCGCAAAUGCCGGUCCCGCAUUGGCUUAUACAGCCACGAGAGACGUUGUUCCUCGCUUACAGACGCUGCAUAA